UGAAACUGAGAGCGUGAUAAUAAUUUGUCUCAGAUUUUAAGAAUCAACUUCAAAGAAAGUGAGAAAAGAGGUGAACUCGUGAAUGGAAAAUUUAAGGGAAGAUAUUAGCUGUGGAAUGGAUUUUAAUAAGGUGGUGAAUAGAGUGACGACGGUGAUUUCAGUGGCAAGAUCGUUCAUUGGAUGUUGGUGGAUCUUGGAUGUAUCCGGUGGUGGAGCAUGAAGGGUGUUACAUCUCUAUCGUAACGAUGCAGCGAGCGGUCUGGCUGCUAUGCUGGCUAUCGUUUCUCCAUCACUGCCAAGCCGUCAAUCCAGGUUGUGCCUGUGUCGUGUACAGCAGCUUGUACAGCCCACAAGGUGGAACCUUCACUUCACCAGAUUAUCCAAAAAAAUAUCCACCAAACCUGGACUGUCUGCUUUACACCUUUACUGGGCAGCCAGAUGAAAUAAUUGAGCUGAAAUUUGAUCAUUUCAACCUGCACCGAAUUCACACAAACUGUUCGAGUGGGGAUUUUAUCAAGGUGUUUCUCCACUUGGAGAGUAAAGGGGUCUCCGAGUACACACCCUGGUCCGGUCUUUUAUGCGGAGGCUUGGCGGACAUCCCGGCGAUCCUCUACAGCUCUGGACCAGUACUUGUUCUCGAGUUGCACACAGAAGGGGCUUCGACCAAUGCGACUGGCUUUACUGGCAGUUUUCGUUUCAUCGACAGACGAAUGUUCGAGAUCGACGGACAACCGAUACCGGGAAGCAUGUGUGACUACGAAUUCGUCAGCUCCACCCUUACGCCAUUGCAUGGACGGUUUUACUCGCCUCGGUAUCCAUCCUCCUACCCGAAGAACAUCCGGUGCUCGUACCGGUUCCGGGCAAGAUUAAAGGAACGAAUUCGUGUACUGUUCGAAGAAAUUGCAUUGCAGAAGGGGGAUCUAAGCUGCCUCAACAGAGCAGACUUGAUAAGAGUCCACGACGGAAGAAGUACGAGCGCCCCAUCGAUAGCGGUGCUCUGCAACCAUGGUGCCGAAAUUGAGGUCCUUAGCACCGGCGCUGAUCUCUACGUCGAAUUUGUCGCGAAUUCAGAUUGGCCUGGUCAAGGCUUCAAGGCAAUGUUCCAGUUCCAACCCUUAGACGACUCGCCGCCUUCCCUUGAGGUGGACAAGGUCGCCCUUGGGGCUGUCACUGGGACUCCAAAGUACUCGGUCAUUGGACCGGCUGUCAGUGCAACGACUUCCUCCUGUGACAAUGUCUUCAACAGCGACCUCACCAAGACCGGCAUCGUCACGUCACCCGGGUACCCUAAUCCCUAUCCGGCCAGAGCCUACUGCAGAUACGAGUUUCAGGGGCGGGGGAAGGAGCGGGUCCAAGUCAUCUUCCAGGAAUUUCAUCUCCACGAUAUAUACACUGAUCCAAAGGAAUGCGACGGAAUCGACUCGCUCCUGGCCUACGUCCUAAUCGACGGAAAGAUGGAAAAGAUCGACGCGUUCUGCGGCUCGAUGACGCCUCGACCAUUGAUGAGCAACGGGCCGAAGCUUUCGCUGGAAUUCAACGGCAUUGUGUCCUCCAGACACGUGAGAGGAUUCAGAGCGACGUACUCCUUCACCGAGAAUUUCGGCAUCACGACGGGUCGCCAGCUGCCAGAAUACCCCUGCGCAUUCGUCUUCAACAGUAACGAGACUCGAAACGGAACAUUUGCUUCGCCAAACUACCCUGGCUUCUAUCCGAGAGACACGGAGUGCCAUUAUUUCUUUAACGGACAACCGAAAGAGCGAGUUCAUCUGCACUUUCACUACUUUGACGUCGAAGGAGUGCUGCCAUGCGGAGCCGCUUCGGCAAGUGACUUCGUCGAGUUCUCAAAUUACAUGGCACGCGACAGAAAAUAUUCCCGGCAUUGUGGCCAACUGAAGGAAUUCGACGUUGACAGUGACGGGAAGUUCUUCAGGGUCACUUUCAAGAGCAACGAGAGGUUGGACGGGACCGGCUUCAAUGCAAGCUACGUAUUUUACGACGAAGAGGAUAAUUUCACCGUCAAACCGACUCAGGGUCUCGCCUCAACGUGUCAAGGUCCUGUCGUGAUGCUCCUGCUACUUCAACUCGUCUUUCGAGUCCUUCUCCAGGCUUGAAGCAGUUUUUUUUACAAGAAUUGCCAUCUAUUACCGACCCAAUUGCACCCAGCUACAAAUAGCAAUUAUUUGCACAGUCUGCUAGCCAAGCUGUUUCGCAUGUAAGGUGAGAAUUCGCACCUGGUGAUCCAAGAAUCUUAAUCCUCAUCCAACUAAAUACGAAAUUUCCGGCCUACGUUGUGGUUUGUUGAAG